AUGGAGGGUCGACUCCAUCUCAGAUCCUUCAGCCUCUCCUUCCAAGCUUUGUUGUGGCUCACCUUUGAAGCCUUCAGCUCCAGCUCGGCCGAUAUGGCACACACUCAUAGCGAUGAGCAAAUGGGUCUCUGCGUCCACCUGGAUUCGGAGCUGCGGCUCAUGGACGAACACCGCAAGGCGUUGCAGCGGGAUCGUGAGAAGCAUGAGGAAGACCUCCGCGUGGCUUUGCAGAAGGUGAAGGCCAUCAACAUGGAGAUUCAGAGAAACGGAUCUCGGCAUCCAGAACUCCACGUGCCAUUCAUUGCUGUCCAAGGGCCUGCAGAUCAGCUGGCGUCAGCGAGACGCCUUGGCGAAGUGGAGGCUUGUGUUUCAGGCGAAUGGUGCGCUUCUGUGGAGUUGCAGAAACCCGCGGUCGAAAUUUGCAUCCUAGUGCGCCUUCUUGCCCCGCUCCUCACUGAAGAGCCGGUGACAGAGGCCACUGAGCCUGGAGCCACGAACCAGGUGCUGCGUUUGGAUGGUCUUUGUGGGGCCUCUGGUGCCAAAGAUGUGCCAGAGAGCUCUUACGCCGUGGUCUCCAGCGAGCGUGCUGCAGAAAUUCGGGCAAUUCCUCAUGACAGGCCACCCAAACCGCAUGCUUUGACGCUGCUCCGCGCCUGGCUGGGCCUCGAACUCCACGUGCGGCUUUCGAAGGAGCUCUCCGACACCUUGGAGCGCCUGAUCGGCCGCGGCGUGGCCAAGGGCCAGGAGGUCCCCUUGCUGGAGGGACUUGGGGCAACCUUGCGGAUCUAUCAGGCGCAGGGUUUCGCAUGGAUGGCGUCCAAUGUUCGGAACGGCCUGGGAUGUCUUCUCGCAGAUGACAUGGGCUUGGGAAAGACCCUGCAAUCCAUCGCUCUGCUACUGCACCUCCGAGCCGAACAGCAGCUGGCACGCCCGGCACUGAUCGUCGCGCCGUUGAGCGUCCUGAGCAACUGGGCAGCCGAGCUGGCGAAAUGGGCUCCCACACUGCGGUGCUGCAUCUACCAUGGCCCCAACCGCGUGCUGCCGAAGAACUGCCUGAGAGAUGAGUCCUCCAGCCCCAAUGGAGCGGUGGUUGACGUGAUCCUCACGACCUAUCACCUCGUGCGUGACGACCUCCCAGUACUCCUCGAGAAAGCUCACUUUUCUGCGAUGGUCUUGGAUGAGGCGCAGGCCAUCAAGAAUCGAGUGAGUCAGAUAACUCGGGCUGUCCUGGAGAUUGCCUCACACUCCGUGGGCUCUGUGAGGAUUGCGCUCACCGGUACGCCUGUGGAGAACCGCUUGUCUGAGCUCCACUCCAUCUUCAGUUUCAUCUUGCCGGGAUAUCUCGGCUCUGCCCGGGACUUUGAGAAGGAGUUCGGAAAGCCGCUGGAGAAAGAUGCAAGUCCGGAGACUGAGUCGCUGCGCUCUGCUCUCCGGAGCCGUCUGCUCACCGCCAUCCGGCCUUUUGUGCUGCGGCGGUGCAAGAGCGACGAGGCCGUGGCUUCAGACCUGCCACCCAAGAUCGAGCUGCUGCACACUGUCAUGCUCACCGGUGGCCAGCGCAGGCUUUACGAGGCGGUGCAGAAGCAGGAGCUUGACCGAGUUCUUGGAGCAGCCGAGGAGAGGUUACGCCUAGAGCAGCUGGGCGGUGACACGGCAGAGGAAGGAGCGGCUGCAGCCAGUGGCGCGGACCUGCUCUCGGCAUCCGUGCGUGCGAAGGAGGUGUUGAGCACGCUGCAUGCGCUGCAGCAGAUCUGCAACCAUCCGCAAGCGCUGGGAAGCAAGCACUGGCCUGCAGAGCUCAUCCGGCAGGCGCCGGAGUUCAACAAAAGCGCCGAGAACAGUGGCAAGAUGGCGAGGCUGCUCGCACUGCUCGAAGAGGUGCUGUCGCCUAGAGAUGGCCGGGAAGGUGAGAAGGUCCUCAUCUUCAGUCAGUAUGUGCACACGGUGCAGCUCUUGCAGUGGAGUAUCGAGAAGGCCUUUCCCAUGAUCAAGGCCUUGACGAUCCACGGCGGCCUUGGCAUAAGUGAGCGAGAGGAGCAGAUCCAGCGCUUCAGAGUUGACCCCAGGUGUUCUGUGCUGAUCAUGACCUUGGGUACGGGCGGUGUCGGCCUCAACCUCGCUGCUGCCUCCCACGUCGUCCACUACGAUCGCUGCUGGAACCCGGCCCGGGAAGCGCAGGCCACCGACCGUGCACAUCGCAUCGGUCAGUUGCGGACGGUGGUGGUACACCGUCUGGUGACCCAAGGGACGCUGGAGGAACGUCUGGCACAGGAGCUCCGACGCAAAGCGCAGCUCGCGCAUGAGGUGAUACCGUCUGAUGCCACCCCGACGGAUAUAACCACCUUCUCAGUGCAGGAGCUCAUGGAUUUGCUGAAGAUGGGACCCGGUGAUUCGGAGGCGGCUCCGAGCAACCGUGCCGACAGGGAGUUGCGAUGA